AAUAAAGUUUUCUAAUAUUUAAUUUAAAUUAUUAUUUUUUAUUUUAGCGGACAUGAAAGUUGAUUGAAAUUUGGUUUAAUAUCGUCGUUGAUAUCCGGAUGCCUAUCUCUCUCUUCACUUUCUCUCUCAAGGCUUUCUUUGUCCGUAAUCGGCUUCACGUUAUCACUCCCACAGAUUUUCUUUCCAAACAAACAUUGGACAGAGAAACCCCAAGAAAUCCGAGAAAAUCCAAGAAAAUUCAUUGUUCCACUUUUUCUCUUCAAUUCUCCCGAUUGAGACGGAGAAAAAUUCUUCAGAAGCUGGACAACACCAUCGUUUCAACGCAGUAGGAUCCGGUUCCGGUUCGGUAAGUUUCUGUUACAAAGCGCCAUAGAUAUAUCCUCGAUGGUGCCGUUUUGAUUUUGGAAGUGAGAAACCAUAGUAAGAACCAGUGGUGUUCCUUUUUUUUUUUUUGUUGGGCAAGAAGGGCUAGGCUUUUUAGGGUUUGGUAAUUUGGGAAAUAGAAGAAAAACGGCGGUGUUUUGUUGGGGUUAGUUCUGCCAAAUGCGAUUUGAUGCCUCCAGAACCGUUGCCUUGGGAUCGGAAGGAUUUUUACAAGGAGAGGAGGCACGAGAGGACGGAGUCGCAGCCUCAGCAGCCGUUGACGGCUCGAUGGAGAAACUCGUUGUCUAUGUCGUCAUAUCAGCAUGGGUCCUUUAGAGAAUUUGCUCGCUGGGGAUCCGCUGACUUCCGUCGUCCUCCUGGUCAUGGUAAGCAGGGCAGUUGGCACCUGUUUGCUGAAGAAAAUGGUGGUCAAGGAUAUGUGCCAUCAUGGUCAGGUGACAAGAUCUUGGAUGAUGAGAACUUCAGUCAGUCAGUUUUUCGUGGAGAUGGGAAAUAUAGUCGAAACAGCAGUAGGGAAAACAACAGAGGGUCUUGUAGCCAGAGAGAUUGGAGAGGUCAUUCUUGGGAAAUCAGCAAUGGAUCCCUAAGCGCCCCUGAGAGGCCUCCUGAUGUGAAUAAUGAAAAAAAGCUAGUGGAUGAUAUGCUAACAUACCCUUCUCGUACUAAUUCUGACUUUGUAAAUGCAUCAGAUCUACUUCAAAAAGACCUGCAUGACAAUAAGAAAGGUGGUGUCAAUGGGUUAGGCACAGGACAAAGAUGUGAGAGAGAAAUUUCAAUAGGCUCAAUGGAUUGGAAGCCUCUCAAGUGGAGCCGCUCUGGAAGCUUGUCUUCACGUGGUUCGGGCUUUAGCCAUUCAAGUAGCUCAAAGAGCUUUGGAGGUGUAGAUUCUGGCGAAGGGAAGCCAGAGUUACAACAGAAAAUUUUGACCCCUGUUCAGUCCCCUUCUGGGAAUGCAGCAGCCUGUGUCACCUCUGCUGUACCUCCUGAUGAGAUAAAGUCAAGAAAGAAGCGACGCCUUGGAUGGGGUGAGGGUCUGGCUAAAUAUGAGAAAAAGAAAGUUGAAGGCCCUGAUACAAGCAUGAACAGAGAUGCAGCUACAAUUUCUGUUGGUAAUAUGGAACCUAACAAUUCUCUGAGUUCUAACUUGGCAGAUAAGAGCCCUAUCCUUGGAUUUUUUGAUUGUGCUUCUCCUGCAACUCCCUCGUCUGUUGCUUGUAGUUCCUCACCAGGUGUGGAAGAGAAAUCAUUUGGCAAGGCUGCAGAUAUUGAUAAUGAUAUUAGUAAUUUAUGUGGUUCUCCGAGUCUUGGGUCUCAAAAUCAUCUGGAAGUGGAUUCGAGUUUUGUUCACUCUACUGCAAUAAGUAAGUUGCUGCUAUGGAAAGGUGAUGUUUUGAAGGCAUUGGAGAUGACUGAAUCUGAAAUUGAUUCACUUGAAAAUGAACUUAAGUUGUUGAAAGGUGACUCUGGAAGCAGAUGUCCAUGCCCAGCAAUUUCCAGUUCUCUUCCUGUUGAGGAAAAUGGAAAAGCCUGUGAGGAACAGGAGGCUGUAUCCAGUAUGAUCCCUCAACCUGCCCUCUUGAAAAUUGAUACAUGUGGUGAUGCUCUUGAGAAGCUGCCUGUUUGUAAUGGGUUACUGGUUGAAGUUAAUGCUGAUGUAAAAGAUGGGGAUUUUGAUAGUCCUGGAACGGUUUCAUCUAAAUUUGGGGAACCAUUGACGUUGGAGAAAGCAGUUUCUCCAUCUGAUUUUGUGAAGUUUGAUGAAUGUUCUGGUAAUUUGGGUGCUGUUCAAUUGACAACAAUGGAGGUGAUUUUAUCUACUGGUUCAAGUAACGAUGGGACCGUUGCACCCAUUUCUGGGGAAGGCAGUGUGCUGAAGGAGAUUGAUAAUGACGCGCAUGUUCCAGAAUCUUCCAACUCUGAUUCUGGUGGAGAGAAUUUAAUAUACGAUAUAAUAUUGGCCGCUAACAAGGAAUUGGCUAAUGGAGCUUCCAAAGUAUUUGAUAACCUAUUGCCAAAAGAUCAGUGUAGCAUUGAGAUUUCUGAAAUUGCCAAUGUUGCAUGCUGGCAGACUGAUUCUUCUAUCAGGGAAAAAAUUGCAAUGCGAAAAAGGUACUUAAGAUUUAAAGAAAGAGUUUUGACACUUAAGUUUAAAGCAUUUCAUCACAUGUGGAAGGAAGAUAUGCGUUUGCUUUCAAUGAGAAAAUACCGUGCAAAGUCUCAGAAGAAGUAUGAAUUGAGUUUACGUCCAGCACAUGUCGGCUACCAGAAGCAUCGGUCUUCCAUUAGUUCUCGAGUUGCUUCUCCUGCAGGAAAUCUGAUCCUGGAACCUAGCUCUGAGAUAAUUAAUUUUGGUAGCAAACUGCGUCUAGAUUCCCAAGUCAGGCUUUACAGGCAUGCUUUGAAGAUGCCAGCAUUAUUUUUGGAUGAGAAAGAGAAGAAGGUUUCAAGGUUUAUCUCUAGUAACGGGUUGGUUGAAGAUCCAUGUGCCAUUGAGAAGGAAAGAGCUUUGAUCAACCCUUGGACAUCAGAAGAGAAGGAAAUUUUUAUGGAUAAGUUGGCUGCCUUUGGAAAGGACUUCAGAAAAAUUGCCUCGUUUCUUGAUCAGAAGAUGACUGCAGAUUGUGUCGAGUUCUAUUACAAAAACCACAAGUCUGAAUGUUUUGAGAAAACAAAAAAGAAGCUUGAUCUGAGUAAGCAGGGGAAGUCUUCUGCGAAUACCUACUUAUUGACAUCAGGGAAAAAGUGGAGCCGCGAACUGAAUGCUGCAUCCCUUGAUGUUCUGGGUGCAGCUUCAAUUAUAACAGCUCAUGCAGAAAGUGGCGUGCGAAAUCGGCAGAUGUCUUCUGGUAGGAUCUUUUUGGGAGGGCGAUUUUAUUCUAAAACAUGUCGAGUUGAUGAUAGCAUUGCUGAAAGGUCAAGAAGUUUUGAUAUUAUUGGGAAUGAUCGAGAAACUGUGGCAGCUGAUGUUUUAGCAGGUAUAUGUGGUUCUUUGUCUUCAGAGGCAAUGAGUUCAUGUAUCACUAGUUCUGCCGACCCUGGGGAGAGUUACCACCGUGAGUGGAAGUGCCACAGAGUUGAUUCUGUGGUUAAAAGGCCUUCAACAUCUGGUGUCACUCAGAAUGUUGAUGAUGAUAGUUGUUCAGAUGAGAGUUGUGGGGAAAUGGAUCCCACCGAUUGGACAGAUGAGGAAAAAUCUGUCUUUAUACAGGCUGUCUCAUCUUAUGGUAAGGAUUUUGCAAAGAUCUCACAGUAUGUUGGAACCAGAUCCAGGAAUCAAUGCAAGGUUUUCUUUAGCAAGGCUCGCAAAUGCCUUGGACUGGACUUGAUACAUCCAAGAACCCGAAACAUGGGAACUCCCACAAGUGAUGAUGCCAAUGGUGGUGAGAGUGAUAUGGAAGAUGGUUGUGUCCUGGAUAUCUCUGUUGUUUACAGUGAUAAGUUGGGGUCUAAAGUGGAGGACUUACCUUCCAUACCUUCCACUAUUGUGAACAUGAAUCUGGAUGAACCCAAUCCCAUAGGGGAAAUGAGUUUGCAAACUAACCUGAACAUAUCAGAGGAAAACAAUGGUAGGCUAGUAGAUCAUAAAGAUUCUGAGGCAGUGGAAGCUAUGGCUUCUGAUGUGGGGCAGACUGAACCAAUUUCUGAAGGUGGUGGUGAUGAUAUGGAUGUUGAUAGCAACAAGGCUGAGUCAGUGCAGGAUCAGAAAAGUGUUGUGUUGGCAAAUCUAAAUGCUGUAAGAAAUGCUGAACAGGGUCUUUCUGUUGCAGUAUCAGCAUCUGUUGAGGAGGCAGUUGAUCGAUGCCUUCCUAGUUUAGAUGCUGUGGUUGAAUGCAAAUCUGAUGCUGUUUGGUCUACUGAGGGGUUUGGAAAUGAUUUGGAGGCACAGGAAACUUCAUUGUCCAAAAAUGGUUUGGAUGAACGUGAUACAAAAUGCAGUGCAGGGACUAGCUGUCAAAUUAUCUCUAGGCUAGAUUCAAAUAAAAUCAUUAGUGAGUCCGUUAAUAAAAAUUCUUGUUCAGAUUUUACCUUCAACACUAAAGGCCCACAUCAGGCUCCUCUUGACUUGGAUUCUGCUGAAAUGCCUUCAGUCGUAUUAUUGCCAAAUGGAAACACUUCUGCUAAAAAUUCUGCAUUGCAUGGUUCUGAUGCCUUUCAAUGUGAGAGGAUAUGCAAUCAAGAUAGGUUGUCAUCAACACUUGAUUAUCAGGAGAAUGAAGACAAACAGGCUUACAAAUCUUUUAGCGGAGAUGAGUCUGAUUGUUUAUCUGGAAAACCCUUAGUGGAUCUUGCUGAAUCGUACCAUAUUUUAAGGGGUUAUCAAAUGAAUGGUGAUGUCAGUUGUAGUCAGCUUCCUGAAGUUAAAAGCCUUUCAACUUCAAAAAGGGGUGUUACUGGUCCGUAUUUGGCUCAAGAUUGUUAUCUUCAGAAGUGCAAUGGUUCAAAAUCAGCAGCUGAGCUUCCACUCCUGGUUCCAAACUUGAAACAAGCAAAUGGUUGUCCAAAAUCCCAUUCUCGGAGUCUGUCAGAUACAGAAAAACCUUGCAGGAAUGGUAAUGUCAAGCUGUUUGGUCAGAUACUCAAUACUAGUUCCCAAGGUGAUGAGAAGGUAGCCUAUUUCCCUAAACAAAGCUCGAAAUCUUCAAGUUUGAAGUUCACAGGUCAUAAUAAUGUUGAUGGGAAAACGUCUUUCUCAAAGUUUGACCGAAAUAAUUAUCAUGCGCUGGAAAAUGUUCCCCAAAUGAGUUAUGGUUUCUGGGAUGGAAACAGGAUACAAACUGGGUUGUCAUCUUUACCUUCCUCUGCUAUUUUAGUGGCGAAGUAUCCCGCUGCAUUAGUUAAUUAUCCUGCACCUCACCACAAAAUGGAGCAGCAGGCAUUGCAGAUUUAUGUCAGGAGUAGUGAGCGAGACUGGAAUGGUGUUUCAGUUUUCCCUUCAAGGGAAAUAAGCAGCAACCGCAGCAUGGUGGAUUAUAAAGUGUACAGGGACCGUGAUUGGAUCAAGGUGGCGCCAUUUACUUUGGAUGUGAAUGAUCUUCGAGAUGCAAUGACAAAAUGGGUUUGAUGGAAUUCCCCAAAAUGACAGCAGCAGCGAAGGGGAAUGGUUGGAAUAAAUGUUGUGAGCGAGAGGAGAUCCUGUAGACAAAACGUAGUAUGGUGGGCAGAGUGGGGAGCAUCAACAGCAGGGAAGAAGAGCCAUGUUGAGUUAAGGGGGGCAUAGGCAGGUAAUUGAAAGCGACUCACCAGCGGCAAAUAUUUAUUUGCUGCGCAAUGUAUAUUUGUUUUUUUUUUUUUUUUGUAGUAUUUGUUUUUAAAUGAAAUGAUGAUAGGGGUGGGGGCAGUCAUUUUGGUAAAAUAUUUUUAGGUGCUUUGUAAUAUUCCAGCAGCAGCCUUGUAUUUGUUGUAUUUGAUGGAAAAUACAGAAAAUCUGUGAAAGUUUAGGAGGGGGCAAUUUCAAGCAUAUUCCUCCUCCUUCCCAUCUCUCUCAUAUGGUCUUUGUAAUGGGCCUGUGGGUCCAUCCCAAAUUUGACAAGUGCAUAAUGCUCAUUUUGUUAAUUUCGUUGGUCUUGUUCGUCCUUGCCAAAUCGGAUGGCGCAACGACAUCGUUGUAAAAUAAUACGUCGGUCGUUGAGUUGGGGCCUAGGUAACCCAAAAAUCAGAGACUGAGUUGGCGAAUUGUUUGAUGUUCUUGUCUUGUUUUGAAAGGUUCUCUCGGAUUUUGUUCUGCUUCUUUCUUCAAGGUUUGGGAACAUGUUUGCUUAAUUGGGGUCUCAGAUGGGCCGGUAAAGAA